AUGGGCUUUUUGAGCUUGUUUUCUAGGAAACGGUCGUCAUCCAAGCUCUCGGGUCGACUGCUCAAAUCACAAGCCUAUGAUGCCACAAUAGCUUCGGAACCACCGCAGAGGGGUGCAUAUCCCGUUGCUGGCAAUGGGCCAAAUGUUUUAGACACCCUAUCCAAGUCAGCCAAGUUCAAAAGCACUCAAUUUCCGCUCCAUUUUGACAUAGAAGACGCCUGUGCCCCUUCUCCCCCGGUCCCACGUUUUCGAGGAGACGAGGCUCCACGACCAAAGACAGCGCCCAACGGUUCGAAAUCAGGGGCAAGCCCGUCCAAAGACUCGUCAAAACGUCAAAGCACAUUCAGGGGACGCACUCUGUCUUUCCGCAAAUCUCGCGUCAUCUCAAACACCACCCCAGAUUUGCCAGAUAAAAGUGCGACCCCUGAGUUUGCCCAGUAUGGGCAAGGUUUCGUCCAAGUCUUCCCUCCGGGGCUGCCAUCCCUCCCGGCUUCGUUGCCAGCGGUCACUUCGCCCAUCGAACAUGCACACAGACGAACCAAGUCCAUGCUCAGCGAUGGCGGCCGUUCUGUUGAUUUGUUAGAUGCUCAGUCCGAACUAUCACCGCAAAGCCCAGACUUUAGGACGCGUGUGGAAGCGGCCGGGUUUAGAAGUUUCGGCGAAGAUGUAGCAGACAGAAACAUUGCCAUGAGUCUUGAUUCUAGCCAUGUCAAGGCAUUUUACACCCCGGCCGCCGAGAACAGGACAAGACCACCCAAUAGAGAUCUCCCAUUGACCUCGGUCUCGAAGGACAACCCCAAAUCCUCGACCACGAGCCGCAGCCAGGCGGGGAGUCUGGCAAAGUCGCCCCCUCUUCGCCUCUUCCCGGACCAGACUCCUUUGGCAAAGAAUGGAGCUGCUUCCAAACCGGCAAAGGAUAACAGUGGCUUGCUCCAGGCAUCCACCACUGGGUUGAAACGUCAGGGGAGUUUAUCACAAGGCACUUACGUGCCUUCGGGGUCGACCUCUGGGAAUUUAGCCAACAGCUCCGCCAGGAUGAGAGCGCAGAGUCUUCACAGAGCCGCUCCGUCCAAAGAUACCAGCACGCCCUCUUUGCCCGACCGUCCAGCAACGAGCUGGGAUCCUCGCAAUGACGACGCGAGCUCGCAAGUACCCCAUUACAUUCCUCGAAGACAGGAGGAAGAUGCCGAGAGGUGGAAGAAGUCAAAGAUACCGGUUGCUACGCCAUUUCGGCAGUCGACCCAUCCGGCCACCAAGUUUCACUCUCGGUUCCAAACCUAUCAGCCCAAGUCUGACGGCAGACCUGGCACCUCCUCGAACGUUGGGUCAGUACCGAGAACCUCCACUUCCGCGGCUUCAGAUCCGCGCCCGUCCUCUUCGAGGGCGAACAGCGGCCAUGUCCUGGAACUCCCAGCGUCAUUCGCCGUGAGCGAUGGCUCGGACUGGUUUGCAGGCUUGGAUGAUACAAAGUCAGCGCCCUCACCCUGUGUGAGUAUAUCGCAUACGCACAGUGAAAGGUCAGAACCCAGAGGCCGCAGAUGCCCAAGGACCCAAAGCAUGUUUUCGCUGUCCCGGCGUGGGGGUCUCGAGGACAUUUCCGAAUUCGUUCCCGAGCGCACAAGUAGUAUAAGAAGGUGGUCGAUGGGAUCCGAUACGCUCAGCACGUCUUCUCUAGGCUCCUGUGUACAUACCCCUCGUCCCCAGUCCGUCCUGACACCAGAAACCUCGAUCGAUCUCAGCUUCCAGGGGAUGAAAAAGUCUGUUUCCAAGGCUUCAAUUCACCCUCCUCGGAGCAGAGGCUCAAUCUACUCCACCAAUGCACAGGGAAUACUCGAAAUAGUCCAAGACAUCCCAGCCAACCAUGGAAACGACCAUAGAGAAGAUUUCAACAUUGAUGACUACGUCUCCUCUGACGACGACUCGUUUGUGGCGCCGCGGCAUCCGCGAGUCCAGGAUGGAGAGAACCUCCUGUUCAGAGACGGCGGAUAUGGUGUAUCUCAGCUACCUGGUCUGAGCCACAGCUACGCCACAACGGAGCCGGCGUCGGCACCAGUUGUCCGUGGGCGGGCUCCUCCUGUGUCCAUGUCAAACCAUUCUUUGGAACGGUCGUCGAGUAAGAAGAGCCCAAGGCUCCCAGGAAGAAGCCUCGACUCAAUUGCCUCGGUUUACAGCACAAGAAAAUCUAUAUCGAAAUCUCAUUCGCGCUUUCGACGACCAUCGAUGGAGGUUGACGACAGCUCUGAUGGGGAAAUCGACAGCCUGAGAGACAGACAUGGUCGUCCUCGAGAAUCUCGGCAACAAUCUCCGUCCCAUAAAGGUCAAAAUGGCUUACGGCGGCUCUCUGUGACAGCGGUCAAGUACGAUAAUAAGAGCAAUAUUGAAAUCAUACAGGCCACGAGGACUUGCGUGUGUGGCGCUUACGCCGAUGAGCCAAAGCCGGAGAAACCAAAAUCAUUCGCAGCAGCCCGCAGACGGAAGCAGGAGAAAAUAAGGGAGCGAACCAUGCAGCUGGCGCAGCGCGGCAGAAGCAUCAAUUGA